AUGUCUUAUUUGAGCGCUUCAGAAAAUGUGGGUUUCAGUGGUAUUACCCAAAAUAUAUCAGAUGCGAGUUGUGCUACUCAAUAUAAAAUGGCAGUUGAGAGUGUGUCGGGGGGAUGUAGUGAAGUAAACAUGUUUAUCCAUGACAGUUCUGGAGAUGAACAAUCUUACAUGCCACAUCUUAGUGAAAGCUUCUUCCAUACCAAAUUUAAAAUAGAUCCUAAUGAAUUAUACACAUUUCAUGACUCUGAUGUUAUUGCUGGCGAAAUUACUGUUAGUCAUACAGAAGAUAAUAUUAUGUUCCCUGAUAAUAUAGACAUCAAAACAAGGGUUUUAGAUAAUUCUAACAAGGAAAUGGACACAUUAACUCCCAUUAGCAAUGGUGACAUUAAAUCAGAGAAAAAGGAAAUUGUUACAAAUGGACAUUAUGCAUCAAUAUCAACAAGUGUACCUAUAAAUCAGAUGGAAGCGAACGUACAUGCCAAAGUUCAAAAAGCAAAGACUAAUGUUAAUAGUGGAUCUAAAUCAAUAGACACACGUUACACAACCAUUCCUAGCCCUAAAGGUCAAAAUAAUACUGAUUUAUCAAAUAACUGCCUUAAAAAUACUAUUACUGCAAGUAACCCAAAUGUUAAUAAUGAUAAAUCGACAUUAGGGAAUAAGUCUAAUUCAGAAACAUUUUUGGAUGUAUUUAAAAGAGAACAAGGUCUGACAGAAAAUGCUGCAACAACAAUAAAAACUGAACCUAUAGCAACUGUAACUUCUAUUAAACCUCCAGCUCCUACCCCAAAAAAACCUCCUGCAGCAAAAUCCUCCCAAACAAAACCUCGGAAAGGUCGAGGACCGACGGUACAUGAGGCCUUACAACGGAUACCGCAACAACGACGAGCCCUACCUUUAUCAAUUGCACCAUGGCACGCUCCGGGCGAAGAAAUGUUUCAAUGUGGCCCACUAGAUGAUAAAAAACCAAAUGCCUUCCGACAACUUGAGAGUAGCAGUAGUGAUGAUGAUAUUAUGCCAGAAUUCGAAUCGGGUGCGGGGCCGGUGUGCGUAGAGGAGAGUGCGGCGGAAUCCCGCGGGGCGCGGCUAGCGUUGCGUCGCGCGGCCAUGAGACGGCAAGUAGCUAGGGCUGCCACGUCGCUGCAUUUGAGUAGGGGGCACAAGGAGGAUAGAGCGUUGGCAACCCUGAUUAAGAAACAAAUAAGCGGAAAAAGUUCAUCAUGUCGUCUUCCAACACAAACAGUUAACCACUUGCUCGCGAUGCGAGGCAUGACUUCCGUCUUGACAAUACACGAACGUAGGCGACUGAGAGAGAGCGGCUGGUCGGGCGGCGAGAGUUAUCGCAGUGAUAUCGCCUCCUGUGCAGAGGAGAGGUGCACGCAGUCCCCGCUGCCCUGCGGCCGCUACUGCCUGUCCCACGUCACUCUAGCGCCGGAGCAGCGGCUGUACGCGGCGUGCGCCGCCGUGUUCGCGGGCGGUGAACGCUGCAAGCAGCCGCUUUUACCGCUGCAGGAUCAAACGCCGUUGUGCGCUGAGCAUGCUUGGAAACGGGACAACUACGAGAUGCUGAGCCGCGAGAGCAAGCCGAAGGCGGUGCGCAAGCGCGCGUGGGCGCCGGCGCGGCCGCCGCGGGCGCCGCGCGCGCGCCGCCCCAAGCGCCGCAAGCGCCUCGUGCCCAAGCGGCCCGCGCAUACGCACAGCUUGUCCGAAAUCAACGUGUGUUCGAAUUCUUCCACUUAUGAUAGUUCCGAAGAUACGGCGAUGGGAGGCUUGAGCGAGAAUGAAUACAUGACGAAUAACUCUCACGAGCUUGAAGUGGGUCAAGUCCCACCGGACGACAUCUUGGAUCCGUCGGUUCUCAGUCAAAUUCCGGACGAGGCGUUCACGGAGUUCUUCAACCAAGCGGAGAGCGGAGCGCCGUUCGGCGAGAGCUCGGAGUUGGCGGCGGCGUUAGAGGCAGUGCUGGACGAGCGCGACAUCACCGACGUGUUCGCUCACGUGCCGCUCAGGAACAAGAUGGCACCGGCGGUCAGUAUGGAGUCUUCGAGCGCGCCGUCA